GGGAGCUAAGGGGGAGGGAGACAAGAGGGCGGCGGGAGCCCUCCCCACCCUGGGGGGGGGGAGAGCGGCGGAACAGACGGGCCGCCACCCCCCCUCCCCCGCCGGGGUGGGGGAGGGGAGCUCGGAGCGCACAACUCUUUUAAACUCAAGCUUUCAGAAAAAGACCUCCUGCUCCGAAAACUUGCCGCAUGUUGCUCCUGACAGAGGCCAGACUGGAUGAGUUUCUUAGGGUCUUAAGAAGGGCCUUGAACUGAGGCCUGGAAGUACAUUGGGAGCCAUCUUUCGUGAUGGCUGAAUCAGCGGAAGAAGCUCUGUUGUAUGUAGAGCAUCGCUAUGUCUGCUCGGAGUGCAACCAGCAGUUUAGCUCCUUAGAGGAUGCUUUGGUGCAUCAGCAGAAUCACAUGUGCUCCCAGGAGCAGCAGUAUGAAGUAGUUGGGUUGGCAGAAGCUGGCUUGAUGACAAGUGGCGAGGCUGGUCUCUAUCAAACAGUGACUGUGCAGGAAAGCCAGUACCAAUGUUUGGAGUGUGGACAGAUUCUCAUGUCUCCAAGUCAGUUGCUUGAACAUCAGGAGAUGCACUUGAAGAUGGUUACUCACGAACCUGAACCUUUGGUCAAACCUCUGAGCUCCAGUCAGAUCCACUAUGAAUGCAUAGAAUGCAAAGCCCUGUUUACCAGUCAGGAUGUGUGGCUUGCCCACCGUCAGAGCCACCGCAAGGCACCAGAACCUGCAGUAGCUGCUCCUCCUCCCCCUCCUCCUCCUCAACCACCACCACCACCUCCUCCUCAGAGUCAGGCCCUUGUAAAUCUGGAGCAUUCCUACCGUAAGCCAGAGGAAGGGGGAGAUUCCUGUGGAACUGUGCAGUUAUUGCUCUACGAGUGUGGCGAGUGUUUGCAGCUGUUCCAGUCCACCACAGACUUCCUUGAGCACCAGGCCUCGCAUCAAGAGAUACAGCCAACCCCAGGGACACAAAUUAGGGAGGUGCCUGCUAGAGCGGAGCCAAAGGAGUUGUUGCCGCCAAGUUUAAUGGCCGUACAAAACGGUGCUGUGCCGGCACAAAUCCAGACUAGCGUCACAGCCACGGAUCACAGUUACGAACUUAAAAACAACCCUGGAGAGCAGCCGCCCCGUAAAGUGAAGCAGGCCGUCAAGGAGUAUUUGUGCACUGAGUGUGACCAGCUGCUUCCCUCAGCCCAUAAGCUGCAGAUGCACAUGAGGAGCCACCGGCAGGGUGCCUUCAAAUGCCCACUGUGUAGCAAGGUGCUGCCGUCUCCAGCUGCUCUCGAGAAACAUCGGGAGGAGCACAGUGGCGAGUCGCGCUUCCUCUGCGUGGAAUGUGGCUUGGGCUUCGGCACCGAGGCGGUGCUGCUGUCCCACCGGCGCACCCAUUCGCCAAACCCCAUGUACCGCUGCACCUGUGGCAAGAGUUUCAUCAACAUGACCAAGUUUCUCUAUCAUCGGCGCUCCCACAGUGCCAAUUCGGCCCAGAUCUACGAAUUGCCUUCCUCUCCUCCCGACGAUCAGCCCAUGGAGGAAGAGCCUCCGGAAGCCCCAGAGCAACCCGAAGAAAAGCAGGAAAUUAUCCCUCUGGCCCUCAUUUGUUCUGUGGGCAGCAGCGGCGCCUCCAUGGAGGGCAGCGGCGCCCAGGAGAAAAAGUCUGACGAGUUUCAGUGUCAGAUGUGUAGCAAGGCCUUUCCCAAGCAGACCCAGCUGUCGCGCCAUCAGCGCUUUGCCCACAAGAUGGAGCGCCGCCACAAAUGCUUGACGUGCGGCAAGAUGUUCAAGAAGAAGUCCCACAUGCGCAACCACCUCCUGACGCACACUGGGGAGAGGCCGUACCACUGCAAGGAGUGUGGCAAGAGCUUCAAUUCCCCGGCCAAUCUGCAGCGCCACCGUUUGACACACACGGGCGAGCGUCCCUACCGCUGUGACAUCUGCCAAAAGUGCUUCACACAAUCCUCCACCCUGCAGCAGCACCUCUUGGUCCACAGUCGCCACUAUCCUUACAAAUGCCAGGAAUGCGGCAGCGUCUUCCACCGGCCUUACCGCCUGCUCAUGCACCGCUAUCACCAUACCGGGGAGUAUCCCUACAAGUGCCAGACCUGUGGGCGCUCUUUCUUGCUUCGCCGCUUGCUGGAGGUUCACCAGCUGAGUCACACGGGCCAGCAGCCGCAUCGCUGCACCUCGGGCUGCGGGGCUGCCUUUGUCACUGCCGAGCAGCUGAAGGAACACAAGUGUGGCAAGAUGAGCCGUCACUUUGAGUGCUCCGUGUGCGGCAAGAAGGUGGGCUCCACGGUGCAACUGAGAGCCCACGAACGGCUGCACGGGGACAUCCAGAUCCCUGAAGGGGUGGAGGAGGAGCCGCCGGUGCUGGAGCCGCCCCCGCCCCGUCCCCGCCGCCCGGCCUGCCCGAAGGCCUUUGAAUGUAGCGACUGCAAGAAAUUGUUCAGCACGGAGACGUCCCUGCAGGUCCACCGCCGCAUCCAUACCGGCGAGCGUCCCUACCCUUGCCCGGAUUGCGGGAAGGCCUUCCGGCAGUCCACUCACCUCAAGGAUCAUCGGCGCUUGCACACUGGGGAGAAGCCCUUCAAGUGUGAGGAGUGCGGGAAGGCCUUUACGAUUGCGGUGCGGUUGGCCGAACACAAGCGCAUCCACACGGGAGAGCGCCCCUACCACUGCGAUGCCUGCGGAAAGGCCUACCGCUCCUUCUCCAACCUCUGGAAGCAUCGUAAAAUGCAUCAGCAGCAGCGCCUGCAGCACGAGCAGGAAGUCAUGGCCGAGGCCGUUGCUGCCGCCGCGGCUGCCGCCGCCGCGGCUGCGACGGCAACACCCUCCGCCUCGGUGGUCUCGAGCGAGCCCGUCUACGGCAACACGGUGACCAUUAUGGAAACCAUCCCGGUGGUGGAGACCAUUGAGAUCUACCCAACGGAUGGAGGCGUCCACUUUGAGAACAUCCAGAUGGAAAACGUCCAGAUUGGGGGUGUUUGAGUCGGGCUGGGGGGGGAGGUGAGGAGGGGCAGCUGGUCUCCUGAGCUGCUGCUCUUUGGCUCCCCCUUCUGGUGUUUGCCGAAAGGACUCCUCCGCCUUUCCUCCGUACUUCUGCUGCUCUCUGCGUUCCUGGAGUGUGAUUGCAUCCUUUAUUUUUCCACCCGUUCUGUAAAUGAGCUGGGUGUCACUUUGUCCCACUCACUUCCCACUCCGAUAGCCGUGCUGUUGGCCGGGCACUCCAUGCCAUCCUGUGGUCUGAUGCUUCCCAUCCCUCCUGAUUGGUAUUGGGCCAUUUCCCCCCCCCCCCAGCAGAAUGGAACAAUUUCUCUUCCGAUUUGGGCAACCCUUGGCUCUAGCAAUGCUCACGGCAAUCUUCUCCACAGUUGAAUCCCUCUAAGGCUAAUUUUUUUGUGUGUUGGGGGGGGGGUAUUGUUGUUGUUGAUCCCCUUCCUGCUUGGGAUUGAGCUGGAUUGUAAAUCCCCUCUUGACCAAGUCUGCUCUGUUCAUUAUUGGAUUCUCUCCCCGUUUGCUGUUGGUUCCCUUCCUUCUCUCAGAUAUCUUUCAUGAUCCAUGAUACGAAUGAUUAUUAUAAUUAUUUUGUUUCUUGCUAACUGGGCUCGUUCCCAUAGCUGGGGGAGCAUUUUGUUAUUUCAUAUUAAAAUAAAAUAGAAAUUAAAGUU